CAAAGCCAGAAGGAUUCGCGUCCGUUGCCCCAUCCCGAUUCCCUCCUCCAUUGUUCAAAAAUCAAAGCUCCAAACUUUUCUCCUGUCCUUCCUCCCAUCCCACAACUGCGAUCCGAGAGAGAGAUCAGGAGGCGGCGGCCAUGGCGGGAGAGGUGAGCAAGGAGGAGGUAGGGAGCGUCCUCAUGCAGGCCAUGAUGGCCGCCAAGAACCUGCGCCCGCAGCGCGACCGCCUGCUGCAGCUCCAGCGCCGCCUGCAGCGCCUGCGGGCCGCCACCCCCGCCGCCGCCCCCGCGAACGCCGACGACGCCAAGCUCCGGGAGCUCGCCACGGACCUCUUCAAGGUCUACUACAUCGGCAUGGAGGCCGGCGCCCGCAUGCUGAGCACCUGCCUCGAGCUGGCCGUCAAGAACGGGGGCCGCUUCGCCAUGAACCCCUCCUUCGCCGUCAUGCCCGACGAGCAGCUCCACGACGCGCUGCUCGCGCAGCGCCUCCCGGCCCGCCCCACCACCCAGCCCGAGGCCUUGGCCCGCGUCGAGGCCGCGCUCUUCGCCGUCAAGCUGCCCGAGGAGUACCACAUCCCGCGCUGCAUCGAGCACCUCGUCGGCUCCCGGCCCUCGCACCCCGGCGGCAAGCGCGACACCGCCUCGCCGGACGGCAAGCCCAAGACGGCCAUCGACCUGGACAAGGCGCUCGACUUCCUGGACCGCGGGUGCGCCAUCCUGAGCCUCGCCGUGAAGCACGUGGACCUCGCCGUCGCCGUGCUCUCCCGCUUCCUCGACCCCAAGGAGCUCGCCAGCCUCGCCGAGUUCACCGACAAGGUCACGUACAUCUCAGAGGACGGGCCAUAUCCAUCAACAGAUUAGGCAGCUCACUACUUCACCCGAUCGAUCCAGGCUGUUGACAAGCGAUUCAAGGUGGUGGAAUUGGGAACCCUUGAAUUGUUGAUCCAAGCCAUGCUCCUCCUACCAAUCAGUCUUUUCUGUUACCUAUGAUGAUCUCUAGCUACUGUACUUUAUUAUUCAGAAGACUUAUGGUUUCAGUUCAGUUUGGUCCGUCAGAUUAAUCUGCUGCUAUGCUACUAUCUGUGUUUAGCUUCAUCAGUCAGGGGUAAUGUAGUAGUGUAGUAUGGCUCUGCAUAUUAUCUGUGACUGUGAGACAAUCGAAUCGAACGUCAAAUUUGGGAUUUUGGACAUGCCACUAUGUUUUUAA